CAGGUAUAUUUGAUCUACCUCGAGAAGCCACUGUCAAACAAUAAGGUUAGAAGUUAUUUGUUUUUAUUUUGUUCUUGCAGUAAAAUGUCUGAAUACGAUAAUAUAAGAGUUGGAAAAUUGGUGUUAAAGGGAGAAAAACAAAAAGGAAAAAAACGCAAACACAAAAGCAAGAAAGUAGAGGAUGUCCCCAAACAAGACAUUGAUAGUAUGAAACAUGGGAAUUGGUGGAAGAUUAACAAAAUAGAAGAAGUAACAGGACCUGUGGCUAUUGAGUUUGGCAAUCAUUGUUAUGUAAAAGCAUUGGAUAAUGGUUUAUUUACUUUGGGGCCUCCUCAUAACGAGGGAGAAGGACCUUCUCCUGAAGAGAUAUUAACAGGUGUUAGCAUAAAUGAAAGAAAAGUGGCAUUUAAAUCUGGUUACAAUAAAUAUUUAAGAGUUGAAAAAGAUGGAAUGGUAACAGGAAGAUCUGAUGCAAUUGGGGCCAUGGAACAAUGGGAGCCAGCUUUUCAGGAUGGAAAAAUUGCUUUGCAAGGGUAUAAUGACUGUUUUAUGUCAGUGGACGAUGAGGAUGAUGCUAUAGUUGCAAAAGACAGAAAAGCAGGAAGUAAUCAUGUAGUUAAUAUAAGAUCACAAACUGUUAAACAAGAUAAUCCUCUUAAAGAUGAACCUGUUGAAGAACAAGGAAGUAUUAAACAAAUCGAAGUUAACUAUGUGAAAAAAUUUCAAAAGUUUCAGGAUAAAAAAAUGAGGAUAUCAAAGGAAGAUGUAAAGGAAUUGGAAAAGGCAAAAGAAAAGGGUGAAUUUCAUGAAAAAUUGUUGGAUCGUCGUAGCAAAAUGAAGGCAGAUAGAUAUUGUAAAUAAUUAAAUAAAUAAACUUUU